AUGUCCCUUUCACCACUUGAGAAGGCUGCCUCUGGCGCCAUGGCCUCGGUUAUUGCCAACACGUUGGUUUACCCUUUGGAUUUGAGUAAAACCAUUAUUCAAACACAGGUGAAGAAGCACGAGAAGAAGAAGCCCGGUGAAGAGACCGACACGGGCUUUAGCAGUGGCACUACGUCCGCUGGUGAAGACUCUGUGUUUAGACAAAAGGCCAACAACAACGGGCUCAAGUAUAAGAACACUGCGGAUGUGUUGAAGAAGAUCUACGAGAAGAAGGGUAUUUUGGGUUGGUACCACGGUCUUCUUUCGUCCAUUUUGGGCACUGCUGCUCAGAACUUUUCCUACUUUUACUGGUACUCGGUGGUGAAGAGACUCUAUGGUCAAUUGACCAAGAAGUCUGCUAACGCCAAGCACUCCACGCCUACCGAGUUGUUUUUGGGUGCUUUGGCUGCUGCAAUCUCCCAGCUCUUCACUAUGCCAAUUGGUGUGAUUACCACCCAGCAGCAGACCGAUAAGCACCACCGUACUUUGUUCCAAUUGGCCAAGGAGAUUUAUGUCAAUGACGGUGUGGUUGGCUUCUGGAGAGGCUUGAGUGUGUCGUUGGUGUUGUGUAUCAACCCAAGUAUAACCUACGGUUCCUACGAGAGAUUGAAGCAGGUGCUUUUCAACAACAAACAGUUCUUGGGCCCAUUGGAGUCGUUCAGUUUGGGUAUGUUGGCCAAGUCCAUGGCCACCCUUGCCACGCAACCACUCAUUGUCUCCAAGGCCAUGCUUCAGAAGAACCUGCGUAAGGCUCCAGAGGGCAAGAACGCCAAUGGUAAAUUCAACAUCCAGAAGCCUGAAGAAGAGGAAGAAGUCAAGUUUGACAGUUUCAUCCAGGCCUUGGCCCACUUGUGGAACACAGAGAAGCUCAGAGGCUUGUACAAGGGUGUGGCGCCACAGUUGAUCAAGGGUGUCAUUGUGCAAGGUUUGUUGUUUAUGUUCAAGGACCAGCUUGACAUGCUCUUCUUGUUGCUCUUGAAGGCCCUCAAGUCUAGAAAGGCCAAGAUCUUGGCCAAAGCUGCUCUCAAAUAA